CAUUGGUUAUUUUUUGUCUGACUCAGUGAUGAUGUUUUGGCAUUUUCCAGCUUUAGGUGGUAUGGAAUUUAUCUUGCAUCAUGGACUAUCUAUUUUUUCAAUCUUCCUCUCCCUCGUAAGCGGACAAGGACAGGUUUACAUAACAAUGGUUCUCUUUACCGAGUGCACUACCCCAUUUGUUAAUUUAAGAUGGUACUUGGAUGUUGCUGGUGAGAAGAAUUCUAAACUUUACAUCUGCAAUGGUGCUGCAUUGUUUGUUGGGUGGUUGGUAAUGUCUAGUAAUUAAACCUCAAAUCUUGGUUCUUUCUGGUCGUGAGCGUUAAAUGCUGAAAGGCAAACAAAUGGGAACAGAGGUUCCCACGCCUCUAUACCCUAUUUUUAUAAGUAAGAUAAGGAAAUAUAGAAGCC